UAGAUCAUCAAUACAUCAUGACGAAGGCAAAAUUGUUUUCAUUUGUCAUUUUAUUAACGUCUGCAAUUUCUGUCUCGUUUUCGGAAUAUGCAUCGACUUGCAAAAAUUUUGAUUGUGAAUAUAAAUUGUUAUCAAAAUUGAUACAGCUGGAAGAAAGAACUGCUCAACAGGAGAACAAAAUAGCUCUACUUACAGCCAAGCUUGAAGAUGCUGAAAAAUCAACAAAACAUGAUAAGAAAAUUGCUAUAUUAGCCGCAAAACUAGCAGAUGCUGAACAAAAACUAGAAAAUCUGAAUAACACACUAAUAAAAUCCCAGAAAUUCUCUGAUGGUGCCACAUAUAUACGCUGGGGUCGUAACACGUGUCCUGGUAAAGCCCUUCUAGUGUACGACGGCUACGUUGCUGGAUCAAGUCACGAUCAUAGUGGAACUGCAUCCAAUCCAUUAUGUCUGCCAAAAGAUCCAGAUUUUGAUGAGCAUACCGAUGGUUUUCAAGCAACUAGGAUAUAUGGAGCAGAAUAUGAAACAAGUAUCUAUCCGAGAUGGAAGUAUCUUCAUAACCAUGAUAUUCCAUGUGCUGUUUGUCGAAUACCACGUAAUAACGUUCUAAUGGUGCCGGGAAAGAAUCGUUGUCAUGACAACUACAUAUUGGAAUAUAAAGGCUAUCUUAUGGCUGGGCACUACAGUCAUGCUUCAUCCUCUAAAUUUGUGUGUGUUGAUGGAAAUCCAGAAACGUUAGAGGGAACUCGUCAGAAUUUGAAUGGGAAACUGUUUUAUUUUGUUGAAGGCGACUGUGGUUCACUACGAUGCGAUCCAUAUAAAAAUGGUUGGGAGCUGACAUGUGCUGUGUGUUCUUAUUCAUACAAUGGAAGAUCGACGAGUUUACAGCCUUACACAUAGUUUAUACACACACUUAUAAAUGGACAAUAUACACACAAUGGGCGAUAGAAAACAAGAGAACUAGAACUAAAAUAAAAACUAUUGUUAUAUCCCCUUGUGCAAUUCUUAUUAUAUUUGAGAAGCAUUGUCACUGUUGUGUUUUACUUAAAUACUUUCUUCAAUAAUAUUCUCAUUAAUCAUAUUUCAUGUUUCAGUAAAUAGGUUAAAUAAUAAAUAUUACAUUAAAAUAUAACCUUAUAAUUUUGAUGUAAAAUUAGCAAGUGGAUUGGCUCUUUUGCGCUUGAAUAAGAUAUAAAUCAAUAAACAUUAAACUGAAAUAAAUUAAUGGUAAAACCAUUUGGUGUUGUAUUCCUUGGUUGUGUAAUUUAGGAUACUGUAGAUAGAGAAGAAUGAAUAAUUUCUACAAACAUUAUUUAAUACAGUUGUGUAAACAACUGUUUGUAACAUGAAUAUUAUUAUCCAUAGUAAUAUUUGUAAAUUUAAGGAAAUCUUUUACACAUAAUAAUUAAUACAUAGGCAAAAAAUUGUGUCAAACAUGCAAAUACUCUUCUACACGUAUUUUACGAGCACCAGUGACAAGUUUCCCUAUAAGAGGAAAAAUUAUUGGAAAUGAAACGAAUGCUAUAAUUUCAAUGUGUGAUACUAACGAUAAUCAUAACUUCAUCUGACUUGAGUGUUAAUGUAAGAUAGGAAUGAACUAUAAGCAUGAUAUUAAUUAAUGUUCUUGCCGUUUAAUUAACCAACUUUUGGGCAACUGUUAAUUUAAUGGUAACUUUUGACGGAUAACUUUAGGGAACUACAAAUUUAUAGCAAAAUGCUAUUUGACAAUGAUAGUAUAAAAUGUAAUCAAUGUUAGCGAGAUAACAAAGAUAAGUUAACAAGAUUCACCGUUUCCCGAUUUUUCAAUUAAUUACUAAAUUUGUAAAUUAAAGUCUACUGUUUUCCUUUUUAUUUCUAAGCAAAGAAAAAAACACACACAAUUAUUCUGCUUCUAACAACGGCGUUUAUUGAUUUUCUUGCGUCAUAUGAAAAGUUUUGAUAGUUCAAUACAUCAUUUGAUCGCUGUAUAUCAUUUACAAUUAUACUAUUCUAUUUCGUGUAUGCAAAGUGCGGAUCAUUGAAAUGCCCACCGUACGAAAGGAUGGGGGGUAAAAAAUAACAUGCGCUGUUUGCUCAUUUUGAGAAAAGUGUAAUCGUUUGAUGUGAAAAUCUAACACGUUAACCAUGAUCAAUAACUAUUAUUUUACCAAAUUUUACAUAAUACGAGAAAAUUGUUUAAGUAUUAUUAUAAGAAUUAAAAGUUAAACGUGAAUGCAGAUUUAGUAUUUUCUAUCGUCAAAUGUACAUCACUUUUAUGACCAUCGUAU